CAGCUGUACGCAGAGCACGACAAAGAUGGAGUUUGCCUGCAGUCAUGUCGUUUGUAACUGGAGUCCAGAUGGAGAAGGUCCGGUUCCUCCACCUCUGCCUCCUCGUCGCCUCAGAAAACCUCGUCCUACCUCCUUGCCCCUCCCCCCUCUCCCCUCCCCUCAGCUCCCUCUCGCUCCUCUCUCCCUCCCUCCUCCUGUCCCGCCCAGAGGGGAUAAGCAGGAAGGAGAGAGCAGGCUGGCGGCUAACGUCAAUGUUAUCUCCCUCAGUGUCGGCAAACUGGUCGAUAUCAGUCAAGCCUCAGGCAUGGAGACGUUUCAAACCCCGGUGAUUUGUGGGAAAUGUAGUGCUGCUUUGUCAUGUUUGAGUUGCACACAGAGGAACGUGUGGGUGUGUGAGUUCUGUGGGCGUGAAAACAGUGUAAACGACAGACUGGAGAAAGUGUGCAUAGGUCAGCGUGCAGGUGUGCACAGUGAUGACAUUUACCUGUCCACUGAGAGCGACGAUGACUACCAGAACCUGGAGGACACACUGGUGGUGUUCUGCGUGGACAUUUCUGGCAGCAUGAGCGUCACUACAGAGGUCACAAAAAGCAGUGGAUCAAUUGCACACAUAUCCAGACUAGAGAGUAUGCAAGACGCCCUCCAGAGGGCGCUAACGUCCCUGCUGCAGGAGUCCCCACACAGGAGAGUGGCUCUGGUCACGUUCAACGAUGAUGUUGUGAUAUACGGUGACGGCACCAGUACUCCCCUCACUCUCAGGGAUUGGGCGUUGGUCGACUAUGACCAUAUAUGGCAGCAGAGUGUUGCUUACAGCAUCCCACAUUGUAUCGCUGAGACCUGCAGCCAUCUUCUACAGAGAGUCAAGGAUCUCAGGGAGCAUGGAGCUACAUGUCUUGGUCCUGCAGCGUUAGCCUCGGUUGCCAUGGCAUCAAGGUACCCAGGGUCAAAGGUGGUUUUGUGCACUGAUGGCAGAGCCAACAUUGGACUGGGUGAAAUAGAGCAGAAUCCCUCCCUGUCCUCCUCGUCCCAUGUCCCGUAUUUCUACAGAAAGCUGGCUCUGCAGGCUGUGGAGAGUGGAGUCAUUAUAUCAGUGAUGACUUUUGAAGGCACUGAUUGUCGUCUGGCUGACAUCGGGAGACUUGCAGACACGACCGGAGGAAGGGUGAACAUGGUGAGCAUUGGCACGGUUGCUACGGAGAUCCAUUCAGCCUCUGUCGACAACGUCCUUGCAACUGGAGUCACGGCGACCCUGCUUGCUCCUGAAGGAAUCUGUUUUCCAUACGAGGAUGAAAAGAAUCACAAACUGGUCAGAGACAUUGGGAACGUCACUAAGGGACUGGAGAUGACCUUUCAGUUUGCUGUAAAACCAGAGUUUAUAGAGACUUUUCUACAGAAGAGCACGCUUCCAUUCCAAGUACAACUGAGCUUCAAGACCAGAGAUCAACAGAAGGUCACUAGAGUCAUCACAGAGCAACGACCAGUUACCACCUGCAGGCGGGUCGACGCUGGUAGUCUUAACACGGCGGUCCUCGGCGUCCACUGUGCUCAGCUCUGUGCCAGACUAACCAUGGAGGGUCAAGUCCAGGAAGCACAAAGACAACUUAAAGCACAGCAAGACCUUCUCAAUCAAAUCAGCAGGCAGAGGCCAAUGCAGCAGGAGGAGAAUAUCUACGGCAACUGGAUGGACACGAUGACAGUAAUCUGCGACGACAUCACAGCAGAAUCUCAGACUCUGUCUGAUGAAGCAGCUAAAGUAAUGUACCAGAUGAAGAGAGCUAGCAGUGAUACCGACUACAGCAAUAUCAGUGAGAUCAGGAGAACGACUGUGUGGAAGAACUAGAACUAACGCCUGCCAGUUGAAUGCCUGGAUGGUGGAAGACCAGUGGGAGUGAAGAGGGGCUGACCAUGGAUACACUGACCUUUGACCUCCAAAUGCUCCUCAAAUAUUGUUGGGUGAGAGUGAACAUAAGUGCCUCAAAGCAAUCUUGAGAUUUGCACGAGCACCAUGGCCUUGAUUUGACUUACAACUGCCAGAAUCUCAGGAGGUCAUCCUCGGGUCAAAGUGAACAUUGGUGCAGAGUCUGAUGAAUCCGUCAAAGCUUUACUGGGAUAUGGCAUUUAGAAGACGGACUGUUGGACCUGAAAACUUGACUCGCCUAUCACCGGCACGAAGGCAUAAAAAGAGCACCAUAUUGGGAUGAAUGUAAAGAUUUGACUAAAAAUAUUUUUUUCAAGAUUUCAACCGCCAUCUUUUACCCAGGAUUUUAACAAAUUAACAAGAAAAUGGAGACAAUUUAUUCAAUAUAGAAUCUUGUUUUUUUCUUGUGUCAGGAAUUUUCCUGCACUUGUGAUAAUUUAAUCAUUUUAAAAACAAACUCUUCAGUUCUCAAUAAAUCAGUUUGCAGCUCUGUUAGAUGUAAACAUCAUUUGAUAUAAAUGCUGAUUUCUUAAAAUGAUCUGAAUAUCAGAAACAAACAUGUUCUAUUGGAAACUCUAUUGCACUCCAACUUUUUUGGUUUGGCUGAUGUAGCACCUUCUGAUUUAAACCAAAUACCAAACCAUAGAGGUAUUUAUCUAAAAGAAGUACUUUACCUCUAUGAGAGUUGUUACAGCUAUAAAUGCUUAAUUGAUGCAUUAGUAUUUAUUUGUAUUGUUGUAUAAUUUAUGUCUGAGUCUGAGUCUGUCUGAGUUUGAGUAAA